GAGGGCACAGAGGGGAAAAAAAGAGAGAGGGAGGGAAGGAGGAGAUGCUUCACUUCACCGGCAGCGAGCAUCGGUCUGGCGAGCCGAGCGAGGCCGGUAGGUGGACGGCGGAAUCGAGCGGAAGGUGCGGCCGUGACGCCUACAGGGAGGAGAGAGAAGUGCGAGCGCCGGCGAGGAGCUGAAUUGCGGCGAGGGGAGACAGAGGCAGUGAGUCAUCUUGCACACUUCCCAGGGAGCUUUCCACGCCGCGAGAAACACGAUGGGAGUGAGCCCAGAAUUUGUGCUGCACUAGAGCCUCCGCUCUUCCAGCCAAAGCUCCCGUACAGCGCCGUGCUAACCCACAAGACUGCAGAGUUAUUUGAAAUGAUUGAAAAGAUGCAGGGGAACAGGAUGGAUGAGCAGCGAUGCACCUUUCCACCUCCACUCAAGACCGAGGAGGACUACAUUCCCUACCCGAGUGUCCACGAGGUUUUGGGAAGGAAAAGCCCCUUUCCUCUCAUCCUUCUGCCGCAGUUUGGCGGUUACUGGAUUGAGGGAACAAAUCAUGAGCUGGGUAGUAGUCUGGACUCAUUGGAGCCACUUCAGACUUUGUCCCCGGAAACCCGCACAAAGCUGGAAUGUAACACAACGGCAACACUCUACCGCAAACACUUUCUGGCAAAGGAACACUUUAAUUACUAUUCAGCAGACAGCGCCCUAGGACAUCUGGUGUUCUCUUUAAAGUACGACGUGAUUGGUGACCAGGAGCAUCUCCGGCUAAUGCUUAGGACCAAACAAAAAACCUACCACGAUGUCAUCCCCAUCUCCUGCCUGACAGAGUUUCCCAAUGUGGUCCAAAUGGCCAAGCUUGUUUGUGAGGAAGUCAACGUGGACCGCUUUUUCCCAGUGCUUUAUCCUAAAGCCUCGCGACUUAUUGUGACCUUCGAUGAGCAUGUCAUAAGCAACAACUUCAAGUUUGGGGUUAUUUAUCAAAAGUUUGGCCAGAUUUCAGAGGAGGAGUUAUUUGGCAAUAGCCAAGAGAGUCCUGCCUUUGUGGAAUUCCUGGAGUUCCUUGGAGAGAAAAUUGAACUUCACAACUUUAAAGGAUUCCGCGGAGGCUUGGACGUGACUCACGGCCAGACUGGCACAGAAUCCAUCUACUGCAACUACGGCAACAAAGAGGUCAUGUUCCACGUGUCCACAAAGCUGCCUUACACCGAGGGGGACACACAGCAGUUGCAGAGAAAGAGGCAUAUAGGGAACGACAUUGUGGCGAUUGUAUUUCAAGAAGAAAAUACUCCCUUUGUGCCAGAUAUGAUCGCCUCCAACUUCCUUCAUGCCUACGUUGUGGUCCAAGUGGUCAACCCAUGUUCGGACAAUGUUCUCUACAAGGUGUCAGUGACGGCUCGGGAUGACGUACCUUUCUUCGGUCCCGCCCUCCCAAACCCUCCUGUCUUUAAAAAAGGCCUUGAUUUCCAUGAAUUCCUUUUCACUAAGCUCAUCAAUGCUGAAUAUGCCUGCUAUAAAGCUGAAAAGUUUGCCAAGUUAGAGGAGCGAACGCGGUCGGCCUUGUUAGAAACGCUGUACGAGGAGCUCCACGUCAAUAGCCAGGCCAUGAUGGGCGUCGGGGGAGAAGAGGACAAGCUGGAGAACGGCGGCGGAGGAGGAGGAGGGGGUUUCUUUGAGUCCUUCAAGCGGGUGAUACGCAGCAGAAGCCAGUCUAUGGACGCCAUGGGUCUUACUUUCAAGAAGGCGCACACGGUGUCCGCUAGCCUCAGCGGAAGCUUUAACCACAGCACACCCGCAGAGAGCCCCAAAUUCCCAGGGAUAUCAUUGCUUGUCCCAGGCAAAAGUCCCAGUAAAUAUGGACGUCGAAGCAGUGCCAUAGGAAUAGGAUCAGUAGAAGAGUCUUUGAUUACCCCAGGGAAAAGCCCCACCAGGAAAAAGUCUGGUCCUUUCAGCUCCAGGCGAAGUAGUGCCAUUGGAAUUGAAAACAUUCAGGAAGUACAGGAGAAAAGGUGCAAUUUGAAAAAUGUAUAUUGGCUUGAACAGAAUCACAGAAGUGUUAACGCUGCGUAUGUCUGGUGGAGCAGCAGAGAGAACUCCCCAAACACCCAAAAGACGCCCGACAGCGGCCACGUUUCUCAAGAUCAGAAAUCGGACAACUCGUCCAAUCAGAGCUCCCCUGAGGCGCUCACCACUGCCAAGAACAGUUCUUGUCUGUGUGGCAGGGCUCCAUCCAUCCCCGAGGCCGACCUUUCCCGCUCCUCCUCCAACGCCAGCAGUUUCGCCAGCGUGGUGGAGGAAAACGAGGCGGCGGAAGCCUACGACACAGGCAUGGAGAGUUUGUCAUCUGCCGGAACGCCACACAAGCGGGACUCUUUCACGUACAGCACGUGGCUGGACGACAGCAUGAGCAGCACCAGCACCAACAGCCGGGGCAGCUCCCCAGGACCUGGUAAAAGUGAGCGAGGGAAGGGAACAGACAUCCGCAUCAAACUCGAGCGACCUCACGAUCAUCAGUCGUCAUCGAACUGUUAGUUCGGCCCACUUGCUUGCAUCAUGGACUUCCAUCUUCAGCAUUCCCAUAAGUCAUGGUCCCUCCAGGAGAUGAGACGAGUGCAGGCGUUCGCCACGACCAAUGUGCCGAACGUGGGGAGAUGAGCAGCGGGCGCUGCGCGUGGAACCUCGCCUGACGGCUGCUCGGUGAAGACCGGAGUGCAGCCCAUCAAGAGAUACUGCGGGUGACGCGCCAGGAGGGCCAAACCUUUGCACAAUGUUAUUUCCUGGCACUCUUUUUCUUUGCUACUCAGCUGCUAAUGCUCACACACACGGCACCCGAAAUCUUGAAUUUUUUGAUGUGUAACACAUUUUGACUUUGUCUCAUGAAGUGUUGCGACUACACAGGGUAGAGAGGGGGCCAUGGAGCUCUUUGUCAAAUCUUGCAGAUUUUUACUGGUUCAAUGGGCAGACAUUAAAUUGUUUUUUCAGCACAAUAUCCAAGGCGCCUUGAGAUACGAGUGAGCCGACUUACAAGUUUUUGGAGAUAUGAACCAUCAUCUGGGCUUUUUUUUUUUUUUUUUGCUUUGACCUGCGAACUUGAGAUACACGCGCUGCACGGUAGCAGUGAACUCAACUCACUUCACAAUCAGCAGCAGUCUGGCAGAAAGCGGACAAAACUUCAAGAAAGAGGCUUCAAGCUGUUAAAUGCCACGCCCAUUUCAAAUUUAGUGUCGAACUAAACAUAGAACAAAGAGAAUUACAAGUUGUGUAUCUCAAACAACCAACUUCUUUGCCUGAGCAAUGCCUCAGCUAGCCUAAUGCUAACACAUAAAGGAAAAUGCCAUAGCUGUGGUAACGAUUGGCGGCGUUAUUACCCUUUCGGAAACAGAUAUUUGAACACAAACAGUGAAGCAACUCAUGCACUCAGAUAAUAUAACAAUACUUACAGGCGUAUAUUAUUUAUCCUCUGCGAAAAACUAUCUUAUCUAAUCUUAUUGAGUCACUAAGAGUAGUGGUGAGUCUUCUUUGUUUGUCUGCAUGAUUGUAUUAUACUGCCUCCUGGUGGCCAAGGUGCGCACACCAGAAGGAACAACACAAUGAAUUGAAUUGAAGCAUCAAUUCAUGAUGCACACACUUUAUUUAUGUUGUAUUUAAUUAUGUUUUACGCUAUGUUUCUAUAAAAUACAAUAUUAGAGAGUGCCAUUUCCUUCUUAAAAGCACAUGACUUUAAAAAAAAACGUUACACAAAUUUUUGUUGGGUUUUUAUGAGGCCGCAGCAGAUUAAUGGCAUUUCCUUUCAUUUCAAAUCUGGGGAAAGAAUCUUCGCGAUACGAGGGUGGUCACAGAACGAAUUCAACUUGUAUCUCAAGGCACCACUGUGUUUUUUUUCCACAUCUGACAUGUUUGCACUUUUUCUAUCUUCAGGCUCUUUGGUAAUAGCAUAAAAUCAAAUGAAAUGGCCUUAAACUGUUAUUUGAUUGCCCCUCCUCAUUUCAUGGACUCAAAAGUCCAUCAAAAAAGCCCAUACAGUGCAGUGCGGUAUGUGCUGUUAACAUCUGGAAGCAUCCACCAUUGAAUUGUUUGAUUUUGUGUUUUGUGACCACUUUCUAUUUAACCUUCUAGUUUGCUUUUCUUUCUAUGUUUUAUUUAUUUAUUGAGUUGGUUCUUUUUGGCGUGACGUUAAUGUCGUCCAUGUCAUAUUGUAUCUCGACGUGACGUUCUUCUUUUCCCGAGCUUUGGCUGUGUUUCUUGUGAAUUCUAAUGUUUGGAACUGUGAAACUCUUCAGGGGUCAACUCUUUCGGUACAAGAAAUAUAAAACAAAAUUGUUUUUUUGUUUUUUUUUCUGCUUUGAAAUUGAAACAAAAAUGCUCUACAUUCAACUACUGAUUGUGUAAAUAAAUAUUUUGUUGGAGUGCACCAUUUAAAAAAAAAAAAGGCUUGACCAAAUCAACAAUUUAUUAUUUUUCAGAUCUGUACCUUUUAGAUUGUAUUUUUCAGAGCUUUUGGAUUACUAUGAUUCGAAAUUAUUUUCUGACCAUUUUCUAAAAGGGAAAAUCUGUACUUUAUCUGGAUCAUUUCCGUUGCCUUAUCAUAAACAAGUAUAGAUCAUGAAGCAAAUGGUUAAUAUCUGGCAGCAUUUAAAAUGAAAUGAAUGUUUUGUUGUUGAUUUAGUGUAAAUAAAUCCCGAGGUAAGUCGGA